AUGGCGUCACCUCUUGAAUCCUCUUCUCCGAUUCCGUCUAUCCCCACUCAGAAUCCCAAUUCUUCCUUUUCAAACCUUAAUUCGCCCCAAACCUACACUUCUCUUACGAUUCAAAUCAUCGGUAGCAUGCUUCUUGGACUUAUUGAUGGAACUGAGCCUUGUCCGGUGCCAUUUUUACCAGAUCGAUCACUCAAUCCUACUUACGAGAGUUGGUAUGAGAAGGAUCAGAAUCUUCUCAUCUGGUUCAAUUCAACACUCUCUGAGGAAGUCAUUUCGUUUACUGUUGGUGUUUCUUCGUCCAGAGAUCUGUGGCUCAAACUUGAGCAGCGCUUUGGUGGUGUUUCUGAUGCUCAUAUUCAUCAGCUUCGUUCUCGUCUUCAAAGUAUUCAAAAAGGCUCCCAAACAAUGGCUGAUUAUCUGCAACAGAUCAAGGAAAUCUCUGAUUCCCUCACUGCAGCCGGAGCUUCGGUUUCGGAUCGCGAUCUUAUUGCUGCUACACUGACUGGGCUUCCUGAUGCGUUUGAAUCAUUCAUUGAUUCUAUCAUGCUCCGUCUCUCUUCAACAUCUCUUGAUGAAUUACAUGGUUUAUUACUCACAAAGGAGCUUUCCAUGACUCGAAGGAAGAAAAUUGCCUCCUCUGCAACUACUGAACCGUUUCAUGCUCUCUUGGCCCAAGUCUCACCGCAUCUUCUUCCUACACCACCUCAGGCAUUUGCUGCUCAACAUCCACCGCUUCAAAACUCUUUUCGAUAUAAUUCCAAUCGUGGCAGGAACAAUCAAUUUUCCAACAAUCGGGGCAACUAUGGCAAUAAUCGGGGCAACUACAAUUCUGGCUCUCAUCGGGGCAACCACAACUCUGGCUUCCCUUCUGGUUUCAAUCGUGGUCAUAAUUCCAACUCUCGUGGUUCCUUUUCCUCUGGUGCUCGUAUUCCUUGCCAGAUCUGUGGAAAUACAAGUCAUGAGGCCAUAGACUGCUAUGAUCGCAUGAAUCCUGCAAUUUCUGGUAAAAUCCCUCCCACCAAGCUUGCUGCAAUGUGUGCGCACUAUACAUCAAAGCCCUCUCCUUCCUGGCUCAUUGACUCUGGCGCAACUUCUCACAUUACCAAUGACAUCUCCAACAUAUCUUCUUCAUCUCCUUACACCGGUGAAGACAAAGUCUAUAUUGGUGAUGGUAAAGGUCUGUCCAUCAACCAUAUUGGUUCCUCUUUGUUACAUACUCCCAGUACUUCCUUUAAAUUGAAAAAUGUACUUCAUGUUCCUCAAAUGAAGCACAACUUGUCUGCUUUUCAAUUUGUUAAAGACAAUUCAUGUUCAUUGACACUUGAUUCUGAUGGAUCCCUUGUCAAGGAUCGUUUUACGGGGAAGAUGCUUUUGUGGGGACCAGUUAGAGAUGGAUCCUAUCCUUUGCAAAGCUCUCCUUCACCUGGUACUGCUUCUUCAAUUUCUUCUUCAGCAUUUGUCAGUAUUAAAGCUCCAGUGCAGAUUUGGCAUAGUAGAUUGGGUCAUCCCUCCUCCAAUAUUUUUCGAAAAGUGAUUUCUGGUAAUAAGCUUGCACUGCAAGGUAAAUCCUCCGUUGAUUUCUUCUGUUCGGAUUGUGCUAUAGCUAAAAAUCAUAAACUGCCUUUUCACCCUGCUGGUUCAUCUACUUCCCAUAGUCUAGCUUUACUUCAUUGUGAUGUAUGGGGACCUGCCCCUGUAACUUCUGUGAGUGGUUUUCAGUAUUACCUGCUGUUAGUAGAUGAUUACACCCGAUAUAGCUGGUUCUUUCCUUUGAGAAGAAAAUCUGAGGUGUAUUCUACCUUUGUAACUUUCAAGACAUACGUGGAAAAAUCUGUUGGUAAUCAAAUAAAGGCUACCCGUUCUGACUUAGGGGGUGAAUUCACUAGUGCUUCUUUUCAGUCUUAUCUUAAUUUGCAUGGUAUUUCUCAUCAAUUCAGUUGCCCACAUACACCUGAACAGAAUGGUUGUGCAGAACGAAAGCAUAGGCAUCUUGUCGAAACAGCCAGAACAUUGUUAGUGGCUUCUAAUGUUCCUAAAGUCUAUUGGGUUGAAGCUCUAUCCAUUGCUACUUACUUGAUCAACAGGUUGCCCAUUUCUAGUCUUGCGCAAUCUCCAUGGGAGUUUUUAUUUCAUACAUUACCAGAUUAUACUAGGCUAAAGAUUUUUGGAUGUAGUUGUUACCCCUGGUUAAAACCUUAUGUUUCCUCUAAACUUGAUGGCAAGAGCAAGCAGUGUGUUUUCCUUGGAUAUAGUUUACAGCAUAAGGGUUAUAGGUGCUUAGACAUGAUCACUGACAGAGUCUAUAUCUCUCGACAUGUCUUAUUUGAUGAGAAGUCGUUUCCCUUUACUGCCAAGUCCACAUCCCCCUCUGAUUCUAUCCCUACUUUAUCUCCUGUUAUUGACCUACACUUUCCCAUUCCCAACUCACACUCUGUCUUACCAAGUUCUCCCUCCAUCCAUCCUUCUUCACAUACUCCUAAUACUAGUGAAUUUGUAUCACCACACAAUUUCAGCCCUUUGCAAUCUCACUCCUCUUCUCCAUCUUUACCAGGUCAAAAUAUUCAUCCUAUGGUUACUAGAUCAAAGAAUGGCAUUUUUAAGCCUAAAGCUUAUACUGCUACCAAACACCCUUUAUCAUCUUCUCUUGAUUAUGUACCAACAACCUAUCAUCAGGCCUCUAAAUUUGCUGCGUGGAGAUCAGCCAUGCAAGCUGAAUUUAAUGCCCUCCAAUCAACUGGAACAUGGAUCUUGGUUCCUUCUUCUUCAUCCCAGAAUGUUGUAGGCUGUAAAUGGGUAUUUAGAAUCAAGAAAAAGCCUGAUGGGACCAUUGACAGGUAUAAAGCUCGGCUCGUUGCCAAGGGAUUUCAUCAAAAAGAGGGCUUGGACUAUCAGGAAACCUUUAGUCCUGUGGCAAAGCCUGUCACUAUCAGAAUUUUGUUAACUUUUGCUGUGCAAUUCAAUUGGUUUCUGCAUCAACUUGAUAUUAGUAAUGCCUUCCUUCAUGGUGAUUUAAAAAAAGAAGCUCCCAGGGCCUGGUUUGAUAAAUUGUUUCAGGCUCUCAAGUCUCUUGGUUUCACUCAAUCAUCUUCUGACGCAUCCCUCUUUGUUCUCAAGGUUCCAGUUCUUGGUAUUGUCCUUGUCUAUGUGGAUGACAUCUUGGUCAAUUGUCCAGAUUCAUCAGUGUGCAAUCUUUUCAUCAAGAAACUGAGCUCUUUGUUUCCUAUAAAGGACUAG